CUCUUGCUCCAGACCGCGGGAGUCAGUUGACUGGGCUGAGCCCGGGCAGAGAUGUUCAAGGAGUACGGAGUGGGAAGGCCACCCGAUCCCGGAGCUCCUCGGCCUCGCUUACAGAGCCCCGCACCCGCUUUACGCCCAGCGUCGCAACAGAAGUACUCAUCUGAUCUGGGGGCAGGACCCAGUAGCAGCAGUGGCUUGGUUCCGAGUCUCAACACUGUCACCACCAGCCACAAUCUCCAGUGGAUGGUCCAGCCCACACUGAUGGGUGCCUCCCCGGGAAUCCCUCCAUACCCGCGGCCCUAUCGCUGUUCACGCGACUUUGCCGCUUUGGCUGGAAUUCGACCUGGCGUGAUCCGCACUGCAGGCCCCAUCUUAACACCCCGGAGGCGGCAUUCGGAGCAUCUGACACCGGAAGAGGAGGAGCGCCGUCGAUUGCGGCGGGAGAGAAACAAGCUGGCAGCUGCCAAAUGUCGGAAUCGCCGGAAAGAGUUGACAGACUCCUUGCAAACAGAGACAGAUCAGCUGGAGUCGGAGCAGUCCACCCUGCGGAAGGAAAUAGCUGAGCUGCAGAAGCAAAAGGAGCGCCUGGAGCUGGUCCUGGAGGCCCACCGCCCCAUCUGCAAAGUCCCAGAGGAGUCCUCAGGGGAUGACGAAGAGGGGAGAAGCCGGCCAGCUGCCUUGGCCCCCCUCCCAGCCAAGUCAGAGUCCCUGCCGGGUCCCAGCGCCCCCCGACGAGCUGCACCGGUGCCCCCCUGCAUCACUUUGCCCCCUGCAGGUAUCCUGGAGCCAGAGGCUCUGCACACUCCCACCCUGAUUGCCACGCCUUCUCUCACCCCCUUCACCCCCAGUCUGGUCUUCACUUACCCCACUCCGGGGGACCCUAAUGUGCCUUCCAGUUCUGGCUUCUCUCAAGAGCCCUGUUCGUCUGCCCACCGGCGCAGCAGCAGUGGGGACCACUCCUCUGACUCGCUCAAUUCCCCAACCUUGUUGGCGCUCUGAGGGACUAGGCCGCCUCUCUCC